UCGGGUGCCGCGGCCCCUGGCUAACGGCGCUCGCGCAGCGAUGGCGGAGGCCGUGGAGCGCACAGACGAGCUGGUCCGUGAGUACCUGCUCUUCCGCGGUUUCACGUACACACUGCGGCAGCUGGAGGCCGAGAUCAAGGCGGACAAGGAGAAGGGGUUCCGGGUGGACAAGAUUGUGGACCAGUUGCAGCAGUUAAUGCAGGUGUAUGACUUGGCUGCCCUGCGGGAUUAUUGGAGCUACCUGGAGCGGCGACUCUUCAGCCGCUUGGAGGAUAUAUACAGACCCACCAUCAACAAACUGAAAACCAGCCUGUUCCGCUUUUAUCUUGUCUACACAAUUCAGACAAACAGAAAUGACAAGGCUCAGGAGUUUUUUGCAAAGCAGGCCACGGAGCUCCAGAACCAGGCGGAGUGGAAGGAUUGGUUUGUCCUGCCCUUCCUGCCAUCUCCAGACACCAACCCCACCUUUGCUACCUACUUUUCUCGUCAGUGGGCGGACACCUUCAUUGUGUCCCUGCACAACUUCCUGAGCGUCCUGUUUCAGUGCAUGCCAGUGCCUGUGAUCCUGAACUUUGAUGCUGAGUGCCAGAGGACCAACCAGGUUCAAGAAGAAAAUGAAGUUCUACGUCAGAAGCUUUUUGCAUUGCAAGCAGAAAUCCACCGACUAAAGAAAGAGGAGCAACAGCCAGAAGAAGAAAAGGCCUUGGUCCAACACAAGUUGCCUCCUUACGUCUCCAACAUGGACCGCCUGGGGGACUCGGAACUAGCCAUGGUGUGCAGCCAGAGGAACACGUCCCUCUCCCAGUCCCCUCGUGUGGGUUUCCUGUCCUCGCUGCUGCCUCAGAGUAAGAAGAGCCCCUCACGGUUGUCACCUGCCCAGGGCCCGCCUCAGGCUCAGAGCUCGGCCAAGAAGGAGUCCAUCAGCAGUCAGACCACUAAGGCAAAGGACCCAGCGUGCGGACCCCGGGACGGGAAGAGCCUCUUCAGCGGGCUGGCCCCGGGGGAGUCCAGCUGGUCACAGCACCGGCAGCGGCGCCUGCAGGACCACGGCAAGGAGAGGAAGGAGCUUCUGUCUCUGACGUUGCAGUGUGCAGAGAAGAAACCUGAAGCUUGUGGCCCCGAACCAGAGCCCUGCCCAGAGCUCCACGUGGAGGCGCUGGAGACGCUGACGCGGGCUGCCUCAGCAGGCCCUGAGGGUGGAGGGGUCCGCGCCGAACAGCCGUUCAUUGUGCUCGGGCAGGAGGAGUAUGGGGAGCACCACUCCUCCAUCAUGCACUGCAGAGUGGAUUGCUCGGGGAGGAGGGUUGCCAGCUUAGACGUAGACGGGGUCAUCAAAGUGUGGUCCUUCAACCCCAUCAUGCAGACCAAAGCGUCCUCCAUUUCCAAGUCACCACUGCUGUCUUUGGAGUGGGCCACCAAGCGGGACCGGCUGCUCUUGCUGGGCAGUGGUGUGGGCACAGUGCGCCUUUAUGACACGGAAGCCAAGAAGAAUCUCUGUGAAAUCAACAUCAACGACGACAUGCCCAGAAUCCUGUCUCUCGCGUGCAGCCCCAACGGGGCUUCUUUCGUCUGUUCGGCCGCAGCUCCGAGCCUCGCUUCCCAGGUGGACUUCUCGGCACUGGACAUGGGCAGCAAGGGCACGAACCAGGUUCCCGGCAAGCUGCUGCUGUGGGACACGAAAACCAUGAAGCAGCAGCUCCAGUUCUCCCUGGAUCCGGGGCCCAUUGCUAUCAACUGCACAGCCUUCAAUCACAACGGGAACCUGCUGGUCACCGGGGCGGCGGACGGCGUCAUCCGGCUGUUUGACAUGCAGCAGCACGAGUGCGCCAUGAGCUGGAAGGCCCACUGCGGGGAGGUGUGCUCCGUGGAGUUCAGCUACGACGAGAACACCGUGUACAGCAUCGGCGAGGACGGGAAGUUCAUCCAGUGGAACAUCCACAAGAGUGGCCUGAAGGUGUCCGAGUUUGGGCUCCCCACGGACGCCACGGGCCCCUUCGUGCUGUCAGGUUACAGCGGCUACAAGCAGGUUCAGGUUCCCCGGGGUCGGCUCUUCGCUUUUGACUCCGAGGGAAAUUACAUGCUGACAUGUUCUGCCACUGGGGGCGUCAUCUACAAGCUGGGCGGGGACGAGAAGGUUCUGGAGAGCUGCCUGAGCCUGGGUGGCCACCGAGCCCCCGUGGUCACCGUGGACUGGAGCACGGCGAUGGACUGCGGGACCUGCCUCACUGCCUCCAUGGACGGCAAGAUCAAGCUGACCACCCUCCUGGCCCAUAAAGCCUGAGGGCACCUGCCCGGAGAACUUCCCCGGAAGCCGUGAUAUCCCCGGGGGUGGGGAGACAGGAAGCAGGAAGACGGGACGCUCCAUUUCCGGCUCCCUGCCAGGGCGGGGAAUCUUCAGGGAAAGGCUGUUUGGGGGCUCGGACGCUGUGCAGCCUGGUGACUGGAACAGGAGCCACCCGGAGGAGGAGUGGGCGGGUGCCCCGGAGACCGGCUUGCCGGGCGGUGCCAGAAGCGCCCAGACGGCGGGACAAAGCUCAGGCAUUCAGACACUGCAGGUGAAGCAUUGCGAUGGCUGCCCUGCCGGCCCAGGAGAGAUUGACAGUAUUUUGUACACAUUUGCUCAGUUUCUUCUUUUUUAAAAAAGAAUGCUCUUGUGGUUA